AUGACCGUCGCCGGCCGACGACCCUUCCACCAAACCUCCCAUCACCUUGAAAGGACCCUCCCAAACCACUACGAGACCCUCUCCGUCCCGACCAAUGCCUCGCCCACCGACAUCAAAAAGCAGUUCUACAAGCUCUCCAAAUCCAACCAUCCGGACCUUCACCCCAACGACCCAGGCGCGGCCCAACGCUUCGUGCGCAUAAGCGAAGCCUACGCGACGCUCAGCUCACCGGCCAAAAGAUCCCUCUACGACCGGGACUUUCUCCAAUCCACCUCUUCAUCUCCCUCCUCAUCAUCACCACACCCGAACUUCCGCGGCAGCUACUCCUCCGCCUCGGCGAGCAGCAGCGGGCCCGGCGGCCGCCCCGCCUCGGGCCUCAGCCGGCGCAGGACGCAAUUCCGCGGGCCGCCGCCGUCGUUCUACCGCAACGGCGGCUGGGGCGAGCACGGCGACAAACGCGGCGCCUACGCCUCGCAGGCGAGCCACACGCACGAAGCGCAGGGACGCUCCGCCAGCGGGGCGGACGGCCCCUCCGCCCACCAGGCCACGUCCUCGGAGCCGGGGAUCGGACCGGGGGGGUUCACCGCGGGCUUCGACAACGACGUCCCGCACUUCGACCACGUGGCGCAUGCGCAGACGCACGAGGAGAUCGACCGCAUGCGACGCAGGGCCCGCGAGCAGGCGGCUCGGGAGGAGGACAUCGCCAUGGGGAGGGGCAACAGCGGGCCGAUGAAUUUCUUCGUCAUGAUGGGCGUUCUCGGGGUCGUGGUCAGCGCUUCGGGGCUUUUCGCCGCGGGGCCGGUGGUGCCCACGACGGCGGUGGUAGUCGGGGGCAAGGAAAGGAAGGGCAAGACGCGGAGGGAUGAGAUAAGUGAGGGGUGA